AUGAAGAGUAGGAGGAGGAAGAGGAUAAAUAGAGGUUGGUGGGAGAGAGAUAAAGAUUGGGAGGAUGAAGAGGACAAACAAAGGGUUAGAGAUGCAAUCCAUCGAUCUAAGAGAAAUGGAGUAAAGGCGAGAGAUGAAGGGUGGGAGGAGGAGGAGGAGGAUGAUAGACGGAGCUUGGUGGGAGAGAUGGGUGGUGUUUAUGGGGCCGAGGCACUAGGUAGAGAUAAAGAGUGGGAGGAUGAGGAGGACGAACAAAGGUUGGUGGGAGAGGUAGGAGGCAAAGAUGAAGAGUAUGAGGAAGAAGAGGAGAAGGACAAACAAAGGUUGGUGGGAGAAGUGGGUAGGGUUUGCGAGGUCGUGGACUAUUUGGUAGAGAUGAAGAGCGAGGAGGAUGAGGAGGAUGAACAAAGAUUGGUGGGAAAGGUAGGUAAAGUCUUCGAACUAAGGGCCGAGGCCUAA